CCUUUCCCCCUCUCCCACUCGCUCUCCUGCACGCUCUCUCUCCUUCCUUUUACUCCCAAUGCAGGGAACUCGAACUGAACUUGAUCCCUUUGCAGUUCAAAGACGACGUUCUUCUUCCCCCAGAAAGCGUCUGCGGUUCGCGAUUUAGCAUCUUGGUUAGGAGCUGGUUACCGGGGUCUUGGGGAACUCACAUCAGCCCAGAAAGAAACCACACUGUUCUGAAAAAUCAAGACGGACUGCAGUUGUGAAGAGAGAACAUCAAACUCCAGAGAGCGGGAGAAAGAUCCUUUUUUGGGAGCUCAGACUUUGGAUGGUUGCUGGGGGAUAGGGGGUGGAGAGAGAAGGAUGCCUGUCCUUAUUUAAAUGCCUGACAUUCCUGUCGUCGUGGUUGCCUAUGGGGGGUAGACCGUGUGUGCUCGCGCCUGGGGAAUAAACACAUGUUGGAAACCUCGAUAUUAUUUUCUGAGCAGAAACCUGCAGCCUUUAGUAACUGGCAAAGUGUAGCGUCACCUAUCUGGAUAAAAGGGAAAUAAACUUUAAUGGCAACUUUUGUGUACCAAAGUGUCCCCAGUUCCCUAUCUCUCCUUUUGACUUUGUACCACUAUUUCCUCACAGGAGGCUUCCCCAAUUUUCAGUUACGACCACCGCAGCCGCCCUCAUCAGAUCUGAGGUCUGUUUUCUGAACUGAGCCAUUUACUCAUUUAUUUCAGUGGCUGUCAAUGAAGGGGCCAGGCUAGGUUGACAAGAUUGAGAGGGACUGGAGGUUUUGGGGGAGAAUUUUUACCAUCUCAAAUGAGAGAAAGGGCUGCUUCUGGGAGUUGGUUAGUCUUCAGCACGCCUGACGUAUCUAUAAGCAUUUAAGGGCCUCCCCUUAAAGAAAAAUGUAAAACUGGUUAAACAAAACAAAACAAAAAAAAAUAUCUGUCCAGUGCGGGUAUUCUGUACGAGGCCUGGGUGAGAAGACAGAAUGAUUUAAACAAGACAAACACCAAUAAAGUCAAGGAGCAGAUAUAGCGCGCGGUUGUUUGGGCGGGCGCAGGAACAGGAAUGAGGAGGGAGAGGCGGCAGAGAUUUCCAGGCUUUCCCUACGGGGGAUCGUAGAAGCGCGGCGGAUGGAAGCGUGUAUAAGUGUGUGCCAGGGAGUUGGGGAGUAUUUUCCAGUCUGUGAAAGCAGCAUCACUCCGGGGGUGGUGGCUCCUCCUCCGAGGCCAGGGCAGGGAACCCGGCCUUCCCGCUAACCCUCCCUCGGCAGGCACCCGAGCGUCUCAGCGCUGUAUCUGCAGCAUCAGCGAGAAAAGCCCCGCGCGCAGGCUCAGUGCGUACCACCGCAGUCUCGAGCCGGGGGCGGUGGUGGGCUCCGCAGCGCCUUCGCGGCUAAGUGGCAGAAAAGCCAAGUCCCUCUUACAUUGGGCAAGAACUCGGGUUUAUCCAAACGCCUGCCUCCCUCCAAGCCUCCGACUCUGGUCUCCCUUUUUCCCAGGUUCGAGGCAAAAGGGAGAAGCCGUCUCCACUCCGCGGCGGUGCGCCUUGCAUUCCGCUGCGCGGCAAUAUGGUGCAGUGCACUCACUGCCCUCGCCGCCUUACUAAGAUUUUGCAAACUUCAGGCAGCCGCGUGGGCAGAAACGCUGUGCACUCCCUCUUCCCUCUCCAGACCAUAAACCUGAAUAAGCCUCUCCGCAUCUCCAAGCAUUUAUUUGCCCUCGGCUCUGGCCCGCACUCUCCAGGCGCACACUUGCCGGGGGCGGGAGGGGGGUGCGAAGGAGUGGGCGGCUUUUCCCCAGCGCGCUGCACAUUUCUUCCCGGACGAAUAGGGAGGUGCAGCGCGUCCUUCACAGUGGAGUGGUUUCCUCUUGGCGAGCGGGAGGAAGUCUCCAGCCCGCCCUCCUCACUCUCAUUCCUACCAACUUCGCCGCGGAGCCCAGCCGGCGUGGGAAAUGGGUCCGACGUGUGUUGCAUGGAGAGCAGCGAGGACAGACUGCGGGGGCCAGGAAGCCUGCUGGCUGUGCUCCCGCCCCCAUCAGUCCCGGGCUCCGACCUUUCUGCCAGAGGAGCAAAGAAGUGGCGGCGGCUUCGCCCAACAGCGCUGUUCUGGGCAAGCAAACGGAAUGGGCGGGGUAGGGGUACAGGGGAGGUGAGAGGAGCCCUCGGGGCGCCCUGGCGGCGGCUGGAGCUCCCAGUCCUCUUCCUCCCCCUGUCCUCUUCCGCCCCCUGUCUAGGGGCUGACACUCUCCUCUCGCCUGCGCAGAGGAUGAAUGGAAGAGAGAAGCAGUUUCCCCCACCCCCGCCCCAUUUCCGCAGUCUUAGAGCCAGUGUCACAAGUGCUCAGCAAUUUCAUUAA